CAAAAUUCAAAAAUAAUUGAUUAUCCUUUUCAUUUUGGGGACAAACACAAAGAGAGGGAAACUAUCCCGCCAUUAAGCAUAAACUUCUACAGCCUUCCGGCAUCAUCAGACUCACUCGGUGGCGACUUUCUCGGUCGGAGUGAUACAGUGUCGGUGUAGAAGAAGCAAAUAACCCCCUCAAUUGAUUGUCAAAAUUGACGAAGUUGCGGUUGUCAAGGGAAAGAUAAAAAGUUUGGUGGAAGCAUCUGAAGCAUGUUAAAGACCCUAUGAUUAACUCAAAUCAAGUAAGUAGGAGUCAUCUCCCUGAAGUUCAGAAACCUAAAGGUCCUCAGACCAAUUGGUCAGAGCAUGCAAAGGUGCUCGAAGAUCCAUCGUCCAGGACUAAGCAUCUGACCUCCAGUUUCCUUUACGCUCUAGAAAGUCAAAAGCCUAGAAAAAGCAGAGAUAUGGCCGCAAGGUCAAUUGCGUUUCCUAGUGCGAAUGCGCAAACUUUGGCGCACCCGCAAAUUGCAAAGGCUUGGCGUGCUCUUUCAAGUCUCUCUAUAAAUAAGACUUACCUAAGACCUGGAAUUACUCCCCCGGUUGAUGAUGGUGGCACCAAUGUCUCAUAUUCUGCAAGAGAGAGAUCCACUGUGAAAGCUACAUGUAGCACUGAUGGUUCUUUUGUUUCGAACAAUCAACAAAAUCAAAGUCAAAUGGGUGUACCAGGAACUGGAAGAAACUUUCACAGCUUUCCUCCCCCUGUCCCUGGUGAUGGUAAAAUAUUUGCUGAAAGGUUUCCAAGGACAAAUGAUGAGGCCAGAGAACCAGAAACCAGUUACACGCAUUUAAAUGGUGUGGAGAAACAAUUCAAGAAUUCUGCAUUCGCAGCUGAUCAGUUGGGAUCUGGAGAAGCAUGUCUUGAUGAGAUUAUUGAUGAUGACAUACUUCAGAGUAUUGAUGUCGACCAAAUUAUGAUGGAACACUACCAAUCAACAGGUACUCCUCCUCCGCCAUCCGUAUCUAGUUUGCCAUCGAGAACCCCACCUGUGGAUAAAAAUGCUCCCAGAAGAGAAGAAGAGAGUUGUCUGCCUCCUGAAUUAUGUUCUAACUGCAGUCAUGGAAUAAAGCUAGGGCUUUGUCCAGAAACUUCGACCCAUUUGGAACAAAUGAAGAACGUGUUGAUUGCAAUAUCAAAUGAACUCCUUGACGAUGAUACCGAUCUGAGUCCUGAUCGUGUUCAAGAGCUUCGUCAAGAGAGGUUACUGCUGAAGAAGCAAAUUCAGCAGCUCGAGGACCAUAUUCGAGAUAAAGAUAGGCAAAAGUCACAGUUUUUGUCAUCUACAGCUACUCGUGCUUCACAGUAUGAAACACCUAAGUCAACAAAUCUAAGAUUUGAUCAUCCACAAACUGAUUCUCGAGCACACUUUAAUGAGCAAGGAAGAUAUGCAUCUGAUAGCUGGAACAUGCCACAAGACUCUUCAUAUUCUGUAGAUAGGUAUGGUCUUUCAUCUGCUCCUGUAGAGAGAGAACAAUACGUUCCAAGGAUUAUCGAGGUGACGUACACUGAAGGUUCCAACGACCAAAAGUGGAGCAGUCGUGAUUUCCAUUGGACGAGAAAAUUAGAGGUCAGUAACAAAAAAGUGUUUGGAAAUCACUCGUUUCGACCUAACCAGAGAGAAAUCAUCAACGCAACAAUGAGUGGCUCUGAUGUAUUUGUGUUGAUGCCAACUGGAGGAGGCAAGAGUUUGACGUAUCAGCUCCCUGCUCUGAUCUGUCAAGGAAUAACAUUAGUCAUUUCUCCACUUGUCUCACUUAUUCAAGACCAGAUAAUGAACCUAUUGCAGGCAAAUAUACCCGCUGCUUCCCUAAGUGCCGGCAUGGAAUGGUCCGAACAACUGAAGAUCUUUCAGGAGCUUAGUUCCGAGCAUUCUAAGUACAAAUUACUAUACGUCACACCCGAAAAAGUGGCACAAAGCGAUUCUCUUUUGAGGCAUCUAGACAACUUAAACUCUCGUGGUUUGCUUGCUCGAUUUGUUAUUGAUGAAGCUCAUUGUGUGAGCCAAUGGGGGCAUGACUUUCGACCAGACUACCAGAGUCUUGGUAUUCUGAAGCAGAAGUUUCCCAACAUUCCCGUGUUAGCUUUAACAGCUACCGCAACAGCCAGUGUGAAAGAAGACGUUGUACAAGCCCUUGGCCUUGUUAACUGUGUUGUGUUCCGGCAAAGUUUUAAUCGCCCAAAUCUAUGGUAUUCUGUUGUUCCCAAGACGAAAAAGUGUCUGGAAGAUAUUGACAAAUUCAUCAGGGAAAACCAUUUUGACGAAUGUGGAAUUAUAUAUUGUCUUUCAAGAAAUGACUGCGAGAAAGUUGCUCAAAAGUUACAGGAGUUCGGUCAUAAAGCAGCAUUCUACCAUGGCAGUAUAGAGCCUACUCAACGUGCUUUAGUACAGAAACAAUGGAGCAAGGACGAAGUCAAUAUAAUAUGUGCUACCGUUGCCUUCGGAAUGGGAAUCAACAAGCCUGAUGUCCGCUUUGUUAUUCAUCACUCGCUCCCUAAGUCUAUAGAAGGCUAUCAUCAG